AUGAAAAGAUUUACGCCUUUAUCUAAAUUAUCUCUCGAUAAAGAUAUGUUUAAUGUUGCUUUUUUGAAUGUUAAAGGUCUAGUUCCUCAUUUUAAAGAUGUUUCAAAUCAUUUUAAUUUACUUCGUGCAGAUGUUAUUGGCCUUGCAGAAAGUUGGUUAUCAAGCAGUAAUUAUGUUAAUGGUAUUCAACUAAAUGUUUAUAAUGUUAUUCACAGAAUACGCAAAGAAUGCCGUGAAAAUGCGUAUCUACUUCGUUCAUUAGUUCAUGGUGGUGUUGGUAUUUAUAUCAAAGUAUAA